GGAUAAAAAUCUAUCUUGGACAAUAUGCAGCCACCCUGUCCUUUCCAUCAGCAUCUCCAACUUGUUGCCUACCUCUCUUGGAUUCCCUUGUUGGCCACUAGCACUGAGUCAGCUCCAUUAGCUCCCGAGUGCUCCCCCGCAGGACACCGCAUCCUCCGCAAUCCCCGCCGGAGCACCAGGUUUGACUCCCUGGAGCUGCAGGGAACAGCCACCCAGGACCUGGUUUGUGACCACUCCUUGCCACCAGCCUGGUACCGGUUCAUGAUCCACAACAAACCUGCAGAAAUGCCAACCAGAUGUAUCGAAAUGAAUAAAUGCGGGACACAAGCUCCAGUGUGGCUGUCUCUGAAGUCUGAAUCCCUGCCAGUUCCUGGGGAGAGAAAGAGGCUGACAGCCUGUGCUACCUGGCAGCUCUUCUUUGGGGGCACCAAGGACUGUUGCUUGUUUCGGAUACCCAUCGCUGUCAGGAACUGUGGAGAAUUCUUUGUCUAUCUCCUGCAGCCUACUCAAGGAUGCAUGGGCUACUGUGCAGAAGAUGAGGACAAACUUCCAAGCCUGGCAUUGCAACCCCUGAUAAACCCCGAGCUUGUGAAAGGUCGUGUCCACCUCAAGUGCUCCUACAGCCUCCCCUCCUCAAAACCAGAGCUGCAGUACAGUGUGGUGUGGUCACGUCUGUCCAGCCCUGGCCAGAGAGAAGAGAUUCAGAGGGACAUCACCCUGAAGGCAUUUUCCUAUGUUGAGCUGAACGGUGUGAAUCUCAGACUGGGAGACACGGUCUUCUGCACUGUCACAGCAUUUUUGAGGGACAGUCUUGAGCAGCAGUCUCUGCCUGAAGAGAGCCAAGGUUUCUAUGCUGGGAUUAAGUUUUUCCCAGAAUCCUUACAAAUUGCAGAGGAUGGGAAGGAGCAUGUUUUGACCAUUCUGAGCACUGUACCCAUUGUCUGUCCUGGGAGUGAUGAUUCCUGUAAAAUUACUUUACAACUAAGCACUGAGGAUUUGGACAGCCCCUCAGCUGGGCCCCCAGACAUUGCCCUCUCUGCCUGCCGGGUGGAUCUGCCACAGGCGCCCUGCUCGGGAAGCAGCUGCACAGCGGCCGCGCUGAGGGUGACGGCGGUGAUGGACUUCACUCAGGAUGGGACCCGUGUCACCCGCAUCACAGCCCAGCCCCUGGAUCCCAGUGAUUUGCUUUGGAGGGAAUACACACCCCAGGAUGUGAAGGUCACAGUUCGAGACCUCCCAACAGGGAACUGCUACUCUUUCACUGAUCCACACAUUAUCACAUUUGAUGGAUGGCUCUACGAUAACUAUAAAAUUGGGACCUUCCUUUUGUGCCAGAGCCUGUCCCGGGCAUUUGAAGUGCACGUUCGGCAGUGGGACUGCGGAGGCCACCGCUCCGCCACCGCCUGCAACUGCGGGGUCGCCGUGAGAGAAGGGGGUGACACCGUGGUGCUGGACACCUGCAAUGGACAUUUUCAGGAGAGCAGACCCCAGCUAGUGGUCAAAAGCACCCAGGAAUCACCACAGGUCAAAAUCCUAAAGUCCUACGGAGGAAGAAAGAUCACAAUCCUGUUCCCAUCAGGAGCAUUUGUUCGAGCUGAUGUGAGUGAGUGGGGACUGGGUCUGACAGUGAGGGCUCCGGGCAGUGACUUCAACAAGACCCGAGGUCUCUGUGGCCUCUUUGAUGGGAUUGGUGCCAACGACCUGAGCAAUGUGCCUGAGGAAGACUUCAUAGAGGAGUGGAGAUUACCUCCAGGGAAGAGUUUAUUUGACAAGACUCCAGCACCUUCUGAGGGGAAGCAAAGGAAAAAUUACUGCAGAUGUCAGAAGGAAAGCAAUAUGUCUGUACCUGUGAUGAACAAGUGGAAUACCUUCCAGACUCCUUUCCCUCAGUCUCCUGGUUGCCACUAUGAUCACGUGGAUUUCACCUCUGCAAUCCCAUAUGUAGAUGUUACAUCAGAGUUUGUCACUCACCCAGACACAGAUUCUGCUUCAAGAAAAGAUGGGAAACUGUCAGCCAAGUCGUUUUACCAGAGAUAUCUGCCUAAAUCAGUCCACAAGCGAGGUAGCCCAGAGGGCCAAAUAAAACUCCUUGUGCACAAUGUUUCCAUGAAAACCAACAGUUCCAUUAGCUCUACAAAAGCCACAGAAGACCUACAGAGGGUAAAAAGGCAGGGAGACUAUUAUGAGUAUUCAUCCUUCCACCCACAACGUGGCACAAGCCAGAGAGACUCAGAGAGCUUUGCAUAUUUUUUCCCAGAGGAUUACUUUGAAGGGAUUAGGACAAAGCUUCCACUGUCUUGGCCUACUCCCAAUGGCCUAACCAUCACCAAAGCUCAGGAAAUUUGCCACCAGAUUCUCACAAAUUCCACCAUUGGCUUAGUGUGCAAAGGUCUCCUUGGAAAAAAAAUGGAUAAGGCCAUUGAUAUAUGCCUUCUAGAUCUGCAGCUCAAAGAUGAUGUAGCUUGGGUGAGGCCACUGAUAGCCCUUUUGGAAAAUGAAUGUGAAAGAAGAGUGCUAGGGAAGAGACAUGGAAUGUUUCAUGGAAAUCAGCCAUCUGCUACCCAGGAGAAAAUCCUCACUGCUCUCCAGUGUCCUGAUUUCUGCAACACCAAUGGACAAUGUUCUGAACUGGGCUGCCAGUGCUUUGAAGACCACAGCUCCUACGAUUGUAGCAUUGCCAAAAAGCAGGCUUUGGAAAUCAGAGGCUUGGAGAAUGAGGGUCUCUGCAAUGUCCGAGCCUCUGACUGUAGCAGGGUCCGGGUGUUUGGCCUUGGAUUCCAAGAGUCACCCAGCCUGAGCUGUGAGGUCACCAGGUUAAUGCAUCUCAGUGGUGAAUGGAUAUCAAGAGAACAAGAACACACAAAAGCAGAUUUUCUCAGCUCUGAGGCUGUUGACUGCAAGAUUCCUCUCCUGAGCAUCACAGAGACAGAGGCUGUGCACUUUGUGGCUGGCGAUGAGCCAUUUGCAAGAUGGCAAGUGAAAAUCACUAAUGAUGGCUUCCAGUACAGUAAUUCCAGAGUGCUGACCCUGUACGACGCAGUCUGCCAGGAGUGCCAAUCCCAGCCAACCGGACUUUGUAAAUUAAAGGAAAAUACUUGCAAUAUAGAUGGACUUUGCUAUGGUGAAGGAGAGUCAAGCCCUACCAGUCCUUGUCUUCUCUGUGAGCCUGAUGUUUCUAAGUUCACAUGGUCUAUUAAUGAAAACAACCUGCCCCCUGUGUUCCAGGCCCCCUCCAGCCAGCUGCUGACAUUCAUUGGUGAGAAUUUUGUUUACCAGCUAAUAGCAGUGGAUCCAGAAGGGUCAGCUGUGCUCUUCAUCCUAGAGGCAGGGCCACAGGAUGCCAGGCUCUCUCCUGCUGGCCUUCUUAUCUGGAAAGUUGAUUCAGAAGAAAUGCAGACCUUUGAAUUCACUGUGUCAGAUGAAUGCAAUGCACAGAGCAGAUACUCUAUUGAGGUUGGAGUGAAGCCCUGCAGCUGCCUCAAUGGUGGAACAUGUGUUACCAAUAUUAAAUUCCCUCCAGGCCUUGGGGAAUAUUUGUGUUUAUGUCCAAAUGGGUUUGAUGGGGAAUUUUGCCAGGAAGACACUAAUGACUGCAAAUCCAGCCCCUGCGGCAGCGGAACGUGCGUGGACAGUGUGGAUGGCUACUUUUGUAAAUGUCCCCCUGGUCUGGGAGGGCUUACUUGUCAGGAAGACAGAAACGAAUGUGAAGAGAGUCUUUGUUUUCCUGGAGUAUCUUGUAUGAAUACCUUUGGAUCCUAUGCAUGUGGAAUUUGCCCCAGUGGGAUGGAGGGAAAUGGUAAAACUUGCAAACCUGUGCUUGCUGCUGACACUACAAAAGCUUUCAGCAUGGAAAAAGGCAAUGACAAAGGUGAUUUGAACAAGACUGAGGUUAAGCAGCUACUCCAGCCCUUAGAGGCAAAGGCUUCUCCUCUUAUUAAGAAUUUUAGCAUAAGUGAUAGACAUGGGCAGGCAGCACCCCUGUCACACAUCACUACCUGUGCCAAGAGGCCCUGUUUUCCUGGAGUGCUGUGCCUGGACCGCAGAGCCCCGUACGUGGGGUACGUCUGUGGCCGCUGUCCUGACGGGUUCUUCGGAAAUGGCCGAAUCUGCACCAAAGUCCCCAGAUCAGUUUCAAGAUCUUCCCAAAGCCAAGUGGAUAUUUUUGGAAGAAAUACUGAAGUCGCUAGAGCAUCUCAUCAGGAAGAUGUUUCAAAGACAUCAAGGAACAUAUAUUCCCUUCUUUCCCAAACUCAAACUCCAAGACAAGAAGCUACCUAUAUUUUGGAAAGAAACCCCACACUCAUCAAUACUGCAUCAUUUACAGUGAAAAGGAAGACCUCUCUAGCUCACACAUCAUCAGCAAAAACACCUGAUAAGGAGCCCACAGCACUUGAGAAACAGUCUUUUCUUGAAAAACGAAGUGAUGCACUUCUGCAGGAGGAGCCAGGCCUCAGGGUCACACCUGCCAGUGUGACAACCCACACCUCUCUCCCUUUGAAACAGUACAAACCAGGUGCAACCCAGGGAAUUCCCUCUCAUCAUGACACAAAUCCAAGUUCAUCCUUUGCACGACCCCACACUGCUCAGCAGGCUCACCCCAGGCAUGGCUUUGGCUUCUCUCCCAGGAAAUGGCCUGGCAGAGUGGCAGCCUCAAGGAUUAAACCAUCCCCAGGAUUCCCACCAGAGGAGCAGAGAGCAUCUUCUUUAGCAAGACACCUCACCUCCCCCUUCCACUUAAAAACUUCUGCCCUUGGCACAGCUCCCCGAGGUGCUCUAAUCCCACCGGGGGCUGCUCCUGGAGCCAGGAUUCCAGCACGGACACACAGCACAGCUCUGGAUCAUGUGGAGCUUCUGAAAACCAGCAGUGGGAGACAGCAGGAAGGUGUUUGUGCUGCUGUACCAUGCUUUACUGGUGUGCAGUGUGAGGUGGGUGAAGAUGGAGGAUUGAAGUGUGGGUCGUGUCCCCCUGGAUACACUGGGGAUGGGAUUACGUGUGAAGUGCAGUGUGAUCCACCAUGUGAGCAUGGAGGAACUUGUCUGUCUCAAAAUACUUGUUCUUGUCCUUAUGGAUUUGUUGGCCCUCGAUGUGAAACAAUGGUGUGUAACAGACACUGUCACAAUGGUGGGGUCUGUGUGUCACCAGAUGAGUGCAAAUGCAGGAAGGGAUGGAGCAGCCCUUCCUGUGAAACAGCUGUGUGCAAUCCUGUGUGCUUGAAUGGAGGAAUCUGUGUACGGCCAAAUAUGUGUUCGUGUCCUCAUGGUUUCUAUGGGCCACAAUGCCAGAGAGCUGUUUGCAUCCCCCCUUGUAAGAAUGGCGGCCACUGUGUUCGAAGCAAUGUGUGCUCCUGUACUGAGGGCUACACUGGAAGGAGGUGCCAGAAAAGUGUCUGUGACCCCAUGUGCAUGAAUGGAGGGAAAUGUGUUCACCCCAACAUCUGUGACUGCCCCUCUGGCUGGAGAGGAAGGCACUGUAAUAAACCUGUUUGCCUGCAGAAGUGUCUGAAUGGUGGAGAAUGUGUAGGUCCAAACAUCUGUGAGUGCUCGGAAGGAUGGACAGGGAUGCUGUGCCAGACCCCACUUUGUGAGCAAAAAUGUCUGUUUGGAAGCAGAUGCCUAAGACCAAAUAUCUGUGCUUAG